UAUUUUUUUCUUUUAAUUUUCUGACCUCCCCCUCCCGUUUUUCUCCUCGCCCCUUCCCCGCGGCCGGUUUGCAUGCAUUGUCUGUCUCCCAAGAUGGUUUGUGAGACCAAGAUUGUGGCGGAAGAUCAUGAAUCAGUCCCGGGAUCCAAAAAAGACACGAUCAUUGUUUCCUCCUCCCAGAUGUGGCCCUCUUUGGCCGGCUCCACUCCCUCCCCCCCACCUCCCCUCACCCCACCAAAAGAAGACCCCCGGCGCGACAAUGUCUAUAUCCGCGAAUUCCACCCCUCCGAGCAGGAGGUGGUGUGCCGCAUCUUUUACGAGGGGAUCAUGGAGCGGAUCCCCAACACGGCGUUCAGGGGGCUGAAGCAGCAGCCCCUCACUCAGCUGCUCUACGGGCUGCUGGCGGUAAUGUGCUUUGUUGUGACCAAGUCCUUCCUGCUGACCUGCUGUUUGCCCAUCUUUCUGAUGGGCAUGAGGUACUACUUCAGUAGAAAAGUUAUCCUGCACUAUCUCGAUUGUGCGCUGCACACGGACAUGUCUGAUAUUGAGCAAUAUUACAUGAAACCGCCAGGUGAGUACAAAUUCCCCGAGGGAGCCUUCCUUCUCCCAGCCUGCUGGGGAACAUGGCUGCUCCCUGCUGCUGGUGCCUUUUCCUCCUGUCAGCAGCACUGAGCAAGCUCAAAAGUC